AUGUUAUUCUCGGUGGCUCCAUCUCCAAUCGAAGCUAGCUUCAACAUCAAGGCAAUUUUGGAGUCACAAGAAGUCAGUGUAUGUUUCUGCAUCAUUGUUACAGUUCCUUCGAUGAUCGGUUCUUUAGAGCUUUUCCAAAUUGAGCAAACUUCGGAAAGAAAAAACAUCGGAACAUCAAGAACAAGAGAAUCUUACCGUUUGGAGCAGAUGGGGUGUUGGUGUUGUGAGAGGUCAAUUAUAGGGGCGACGGUACGAUACAAUUUACUGGGUUGUGCAACGACAUCAGGGAUGUGUGGAUCAGAGAUGUUGGCGGUCAAAGCUGAGUUGUGGCAAAAGAAGGAAGAAAAAAUCGAAUCAGUCGGUAGUGGCCGGUGCAAGAGUCGGUCGGAGGUGGUCAGCGCUGGAAUUGAUCGGAGAUGGGAGGAGACCAGCUGGUGGCGAAGGUCCGGUGGAGGUUGCAGAUCAUCGGAGGGUGUGGGAUGGAAAAGGAGUUAA